CUCCCUCCUUCCCUCCCGGCUCGUCCUAAUUGCCGGUCCAGACGUUUCGUGCAUGGGGCUGCGCAAGAGCGUCAAACUCCAUGCUGGAUUAUUUCUGAGCGGACUGAUUUGUUUGAUUCUAUAGCUCAUUGUCAGUGCCCUAUUCUCAGCAGGACCUCUAAAACAAAGUGUGGACUCGUUUUUAGCGCACCGCGUGACGCGGUUUUAUAUAUAUAUAUUUUUUUUUCUUUUUUCUCGCUCCCUUUUUUUUUGGCAUCGGACGUCUGCCGUCACUUCAGCGGUAGGGAGUUGAUCGAACGCAUCGUGAGACUACUGUCUUCAGUCUGUAUUUUGCUCAAUUGCUUUCCUCCUCAAUUUUCUUUUUGCACUUGACUGUUGACAUUGUGCCGGGAUGGAUUCCUUCGUCGUGGCAGCUCUGGUACUGUGCUCGCUCACGGCCACAGCCUGCGGGGACAAAGGCGCCAGCAAAGCCAGGAGUUGUUCGGAUAUAAGGCACUUUUAUACCGGCAAAGGAUUCGCAGUGAACGGCAUUCCUCAGUCCGAAAUAUCGGGAGAGCACCUGCGCAUCUGUCCUCAGGGUUACACCUGCUGCACCAGCGACAUGGAGGACAGCCUCGCCGUCCUGAGCCGAGGAGAGAUGGAGGGACUCCUCAAAGACGCCGGACGCUCCUUGCAGGUCUCCCUCGGAGGACAGUAUAAGGCCUUUGAUGGUUAUUUUCUGGAGCUGCUGAACAACUCGGCCCUCACGCUACAGGAGACCUUCAUGUCCACCUGGAGGUCUUUCUACUCCCAGAAUGCUCUUGUGUUCAGCGACCUCUACACGGAUUUGAGGCACUACUACCGAGGCUCAAACAUUAACCUGGAAGAUGCUCUCAAUGAAUUCUGGGCAAGGCUUCUGGAGAGACUCUUCUUCCAUGCAAACAAGCAGUAUUCCAUCGGGGACGAGUACUUGGAGUGUGUCUCGAAACAGCUGGAGACACUUCACCCUUUCGGAGAGGUGCCCCGUGACCUCAAGAUGAAGGUCACCCGCACGUUUGUGGCCGCCCGGUCCUUUGUUCAAGGUCUGGUCGUCAGUGGAGAGGUGGUCCGUAAAGUGUCCCAGGUGCAACUGAGUCAGGAGUGCAUGCGAGCCAUUAUGAGGAUGACUUACUGUCCCCACUGCCGAGGUAUGCCCACCGCCAGACCUUGCGUCAACUACUGCAGCAACGUCUUGAAGGGUUGCCUGGCCAACCAGGCGGACCUCAACACCGAAUGGCGGCACUUGGCAGAAACUAUGAUGCAGGUGUCCAAUCGCUUCGAUGGCCCAUCCGGUGUGGAUGUUGUGGUCCUCUCUCUUCCCUACCGCAUAUCAGAAGCUAUGACGACCAUGGUGGAACAUUUGGAGUCCACCAACAGCAAGUUGAUUCUGGCAUGCGGCCCGCUCCGAGAAAAAUCAGUCGGCGCUGCAGAAGCCGACGUCUUCCCGAAGAAGGAAAAGGUCACAGUUGAGGAGAGGUCGGCGAGCAGCGCGAACAAACUUGGCCGACUGGUGUCUGAAGUAACUAUGAGGCUGAGGGACAUGCAGCCAUAUUGGACUUCUCUCCCGGGAAUGCUGUGCAGCGAUCGAGUGGCCACGGGCGCGGGUGCUGAAGAUAGGUGCUGGAACGGAAUGACCCGCGCCAGAUACCUCCCCGAAGUCAUCGGCGACGGCCUGGCGAGCCAAAUCAACAACCCCGAAGUGGAAAUCGACAUCACCAAGCCAGACAUGGCAAUAAGGCAGCAGAUCAUGCAGCUGAAGAUCAUGACGCACCGCCUAAAGAAUGCUCUCAAUGGCAACGAUGUGGACUUCCAGGACACCAGCGAUGAUUCCAGCGGUUCCGGAAGCGGCGCCAUUUGCACCGACGAAGCGUGUUCCCGAUCCCAUCGCAUCGUGGUGCCCGUCACCGAGCGACCCGUGUACCCCUACCCUCCCGAAAACAAGAAGGUGGUGAAAGGCUCAGCCGGUCAGAACCUUCCUUCCAUCGCCACUUAUCUCCUUCCCCUGCUUGUUUUGCGGCUGCGAUAAUGGCCAGCGAGGCUGAGACUGAGGUUGGGACCGGCUUUGGGCUUGGUGAUGGUUCGAGAAGGUGGGGCGGGGGGUGCGGGGCGGGGCGGGGCGGGGCGGGGGGGAGACCAGAGCUCCGGGUCUUAGUUACUCUGCCAAAACUUCACUUCGUAUAAAGAAUUUGGACGGACUUUGCUUUGAGUUGGGAUGAGAAGAAAAAUGCAAUUACAAGUCUUCAAAAAUGCGCUCUUGUCUUUCAUCUCUCGCUAUCAUAUGACACUGUCAGAGGUGUUUUUUUUGUUUUUUAAUCUUUCCGGUGUUUGGGGCAAUUGUACCGAAAAGUCGUGUUUAACACUAACACCGUAGGCGGAGGAAUGCAUUUCUUAGUUCUCUUUUAAUGGCACUUAGUGAUUUGAUGGUAUUAUUUAUUUGUUGAGAACUGACCCAGAGUGAUUUAAUCACUCCCUGAUUUGACUGUAGAAGUCAGCAAACUAACCGUUAUUUGCAUACAAAUGUCAACUCUACGUGCAAUUUUCUUCAUCUGACUCACCUGCCCUCAAAAUUCUCCCUCCCUCAUUCCUCACGUCACAGGACCUGAGGUCAGUCCUUUGUUCUUUUGUGUAGCCAUCAAGAUAAAGCACGCCAUUGUGUGUCAAACCUCAAUGGGAACACACUGUCAGGAUUUUCCAAGAAAAACAGCCCAUCGCGUUCCAUCAAUGGAGGAGGAUGGAGAGAAGUUUCAAAAUAAUCUUUAUUGACAAAGAGACCCCAAUACAGUAUUCCCCCGGAGACUCGCGGCAGGGCUGGGUUCCCUGGCGAGUAAGCGACACGACCCCCCCCACCCACCAAGGAAUUUGCGACAUGGUGACAAAGCGGUACUUUUGUCUCAAAGCGGAAGUCGUGUCGUUUUUUUUUACUUGACGCUCCGCAUCCCACUUCUACAUGAUUUCUUGGCACCGAGAUGGUGCCAAAGCACCACUUUUGUCCAAACAGAUCUCCCCCCCCCGCUUACAUCAAUAGAACUACCCUUGAACGGAGAUAGCGCCAAAGCACUACAUUUGUCUAAAUGAAGCUCCUCAACUCACUCCAAUGCAGUUUCUUGGCACCAAAACGCUUUUUUUUUUUGCUUCGCUUUUAUUUUUCAAGAGAACCAUUGCUUCUGCAGUCGACGGGGACUAUCCACUCUAAUUGAACGUACAUCAAAAUGAUCAUUUUUUGAUGGAUUAUUUCUUUGUCGUAACAAUGCUUCUUGCCAGUUUGUCAUGUAUAUUUAUUUCCGUGGCAAAGGAUGGCCCGUGCGUGAGGAACAGCACAAUCCCGUCGAGAAUUUGCCAAAUCUUUGUAUCGUCACACCCACCCCCCAAAAAAUAAUCAACAAACCACAAUCUUUUAGUUUUCUGCUUCUAUGAAAAGAAAAAAAAAGCACCUGUGAUACUGCAGCUCCAUGUUAAGACGUCGAGACUUUUGUCUAAGUUUAACAAGCACAUUUUAGAAUUAUAGCUCUGAAAUGGGAUCUUGUCAUGGGUGUUAGUGUAGCACGGAUGUGUGUGUGUGCGUGCGUGCGUGUGUGUGUGCGUGUGUGUGCGUGUGCGCGUGUGUGUGUGCGUGUGUGUGUGUGCGCGCGCUUUGACGCUGCUCUUCAGUCACGACGCCUCAUCAUUCACGUUGCAAAUAUAGUUUGAAAUAACCUCAACCCUCCACGCAGUUCAAUUUGGAGGGAUGAGAAAAUAUCAACGACAUGUUCGGCUUUCUUGUUUUUAUUGACUUUAUGGUUGUGUUGUUAUCGGAAAUCUGUGGCGAGAAGAAAUGCCAGAAAGAGGUUGGAAAAGAACAAUGCAGAUGUCUUGUUUGCUGUUGUAUCUAAAAUGGUCAAUUAUAAACAUUAUACGAUUUUCAA